GAUUAAAAUGUUGGAUGGCUUGGCACCUUUUGAUUUUAAGACGAAUCCCUCAUGGCUUAACCCAUAUUAUUUAGCUCUUGUGAUAUCGUUGGAAAUAACUUUCUUCGUCUGUGGUCUGCUGUUUGCCCUCGUUGUGGAAGAAUGGGUUUGGGAUUAUGCUGUAACAGUUACUAUUAUUCAUAUCAUCAUAACUUCAGUCGUUAUGUCGGAAUUCCCCCUGAUGUUACACUGGUGGCUGGCAUUAGGAUCUGGAGUACUUUCAAUGAUUUGUGGAGGACAGAUUUUGGCAUACUGUUUGUUCAAAGACAACUUCAUUUACCCGAAUCUAGAUGAUUUUUGA